GCUCUCGCCGCGACACACGGCCUGUCGCAUGCACCGACGCCUCUGCUUUAUUAUUUACUUUCAAUAAUAACUGCGCUCGUAUACGAAUGUAUAUCGAAAUUCGCCCACGUGAUCCAUGUUCGUCGCUGCCAUCGAAUUGAAAAUCGCAGCCGAAUCGUUGAAUGAAAUUAUGUGCGUGCAAAUCAUUGUGUUCCGAGAGUGACGCUUUACGCGCGUGACUUCGUUGUAGAUCAUAUAUUACGAUAUAGGUAAAUAAGUGUACACUGAUACGGCAGAGACGUGAUUUUUCUUGCUUUUCGUGCACAAGCGAGCAGGCCAAGUUCACGAGAUUAUAUUUAUCUGGCUGCAGUGCGCGAGAUACAAUAUAAAUAGCGUAUAUAAAUAUACUAAGCGAGACGAUCGACGAAAGCAGGGAGAGAGAAAAAAAUCGAGAAAAUAAAUACAAGGUAGUAAUAUGUUUGUGUCGCAAAAAACGCAUUUAUAGUGCUCGAGUGCGAAAUGUGAUCUUAUACGUGCUCUCUCACUUCAAAGCGCGCACAACAGCAGAUCGUCUGUAGUAUAUACGCACAGUGCAGAAAACGACGUACACAAGCGAGCGAGAGAGAGAGAGAGACGACAACAUGCCAAGCGGAUCGAGUAAUAGAGUCUCGCGCUGGAGCGGACUACUGAUGCUGCUGCUGCUGGCGAUCGCAGCUUUGCUCCUCGAAACAUCUGCAGCCACGCGCCAUAAGCAGCAGAAAGAUUCCACGGAAUCCUCGAAAGCAAGUUCGGUUAACGAGGCUGGACUAUUCGCGCUGCGCGACAAGCAGGAGAGCGUCGGUGGCAAAAGGGGCAGCAGAACAUCGAGCACAGAACGAUCCGUAACGACGAGCAGUGGAGCGGCCAAUAUGGCCAUAUCGUCGACGGUAUCGUCUUCCUCUGAUACAAAAACGACCCGACCGAAUGGCGAAAAGAACGAGCUUAUCGUCGAAGCCGAGGCGCUCUUGGCUGCCGCCGCUGCCGCUGCCGACGACGAAGCCGCGUGGGGUGCCGCUAGCGGCGAUACGGACAAUUUUUCGCUCAACGUAUCUGCUUCGUCGUCAUCGUCGUCGUCGUCGUCGUUAGGCGACAGCAGUCUGUCCUUGUCUUUAUUGGCCACUCAGCCAAGUCAAGAGAUCAUCGUCAAGCCUCUCAGCAAAGUAGUGCUGCCGUGCGAGCUUGAGGGCAACGCCACCAAGCUCCUCAUGCCCGCAGUCAAAAGCUACCGAAUCCGACCGGCGACGUGGCUGCACGAAGGUGCACCGGUGGACAUGAUAACGAUCGACACGAGGACGGAGAUGAGCGGCACGGGGCACAGAUACAUAGGCGACUCCACCACGGCGGCGCUGCACAUAGACAACGUACGCCUCGAGGACGACGGCAUCUGGAAAUGCCAAAUCGAGGACGAACGGGGUAAUCGCAUCGUCGGCAGGUCCGUCAAGCUAGUCGUUCUCGAGGCCCCACGAGGUACGUAUCUGAUGAUAGACGGGCGUCGCCUCGAUCCGGGCAACCAGUUCAUCCCGGUGAAGGAGGGCUCGGAGCUGACUCUCGAGUGCGCCGCCGAGGGUGGCAAUCCGCCGCCCAUCCUGGCCUGGGGCAUGACUCUGUCUCAGGCGACGCUCGAAGGUCCCGAGCAGCCGCCGGAUAAUCUGACGAUUCUGCCGGUGACUUCGCCAGUUCGCACUAGCGCCAGUCUCAAGGUCCUCAGGGGACACCACAACGCCACAAUCAUCUGCGUCGCGAGGCACAUUACUCUCACUAUGCCCAUGAAUGCGAGCAUACUCCUCGACGUACAAUAUACACCGUCAUUUGCGAUUACGAGAAUCCCAGGUUUCGGGAUUCCAAUUGUUGAAGGGAUGUCCGUCAGUUUGAAAUGCGAAGUAGACAGUAAUCCCUCCAGUGCACCCGUUUGGCAAAGAAACGAUGGAGCGCCGCCGGUGGAGCAGAGCGACGAUGGAUGGCUGAACUUUACGAAAAUCAGCCGAGCCGAGAAAGGCUGGUACAAGUGUUACACGCGCCACAUGCUCGGCAUUUACACCAGCAUCGGCUACUAUCUCAACGUCAGGCAUGAUCCUGAAAUCGAAACGCAAGCCAAGUCUUUCAACGGUGAGGAAUCGAGAAAAAUGGAGGUUCAAAUUGGUGGCGCCGUGACCCUCGAGUGCGACGGCGGUUGCUGGGGCCAUGGACCGAGCAUGAAUCCAGCUGGUGGCCCCGGACCCUUGGCUCUCAGCAAGGUCGUGUAUCAGGAUGCCGGUGAAUAUCGCUGCGUCGCGCCCGAUCACAACUUGCAGGGUGCUUGGAGGGCUCAGUUACCCUAUUACGUCAAAGUUAACGGUCGUCCGAUGAUCCAUCCAAUGACGCAAACCAUGACGACGAUCCAGGGCGACUCGCUCGACGUCAUGGUGGAAUUUUGCGCCGAGCCCACCUACACGAAGGUCCUGUGGAUGUCGCAGGAGCGCGUCUACGUGCCCGGAGCCAAGUUACGGGACGGUGUGAAAGCACUCCUCAUCGAGGACGGCGGCACCAAGUCGUGCUUCCGCAGUAUACUGCGCUUCGAUCGGGUCCAGCCCAACCACGCCGGCGAGUGGAUGCUGCUCGUGAGAUCGCCCGAGGGCAUCGCUGACUCCACUCUGACGCUGAAUGUGACUCUGGCCGCCGGCUACAGUCACGCCCCAGCGACGAGUCCAGCUGGCUCGGCCGUCACUCUACUGCUGUCGUUCGUCUUCGUCGCGAUCUUCGGCAACAUCAGGCCGACGCACUGUUGAGAGACGCUUCGCUCUCCCGAAAAGGCAAGCCGGUCCUUCAUUGUGUAUAAAUACCAUAUGUGAAUAAUAUGUUGUAGAGAGACUGAUCGAGCGAUUGGUGCGCCGAAACGCUCGAUUAAUUUGUACAUUUUACGAUCGAGCGUUCGUCGUUGUACCGCGUUGAAAUAUUUUAAUUGCGUUUUCAAACUGAGAUAAUCUCGAAACAGGCUCGUUCGUCUUCUUUUCCGCGGCUCAAUGAGAUAUGAAAAGUUCACCGUGUCACCAAACUGCCUGAUUAUUGGUUUUUAAAAUCGAUUCCUUUGAAAAUAUCGCACGUAUACGAUCUGCGUAGUUCCUCUUAAACUCGGAAGAUUGAAAUUCACUUGGCGCCAUCAACGUAAUAUAUCUAUAUGCACUAGCUCGACUCGUCUACGCGUACUACAUAUGUUCGAGUGCAUUCGCUGCAACAAGGUUUAAGUCUUCAGUAUCAAUAACCACGCGCUGAAAACGAAUUUCAACGAGAUUCCUCGCAGCUACACGAGUGGAAAGCACUGCAGCUGAAUGUUACACAUUGCCUACCGUUCUUGCCGCGUGUUCUUGUGAUAAAGCAAGCCCAGGCUGCAGCACGAGUAUGUGUGUGUGUAAUGUAAGAAAAGCACAGCAGCUGCUGCAACAAGCGGCUAUAAUCAAUAAGUUUACCAGCUUGAACUCGGGCUCUGCACUGCCGAUGCGCCAAACUUGCCGAGCGCGACUUUUUUCUCUUCAUUCGCAUAUUUCCCCUUUUACACGAAGCUGCUACUUUUUCUUACGUGCGAUGACGACGACGACGAUGACCGCCACUGGUGAUAGCGCUUAAUCGCGUCGAAACUUUACGCCAACUUCCGCUUGGUGAUUGCAAUAUGGCCCUGGUCAAAAAAAAACAUCCACUAAAAUUAGUUCUUCGAUCAAAACGAGCAUGGCGAUGAAACGGGGACAAGUUUCGAGAUUUUGAUCAGGCUGCAAAUUCAAAAGUAACUUUGUUAAACUGUCGCUGUUUUGAAUGAGUUUUUAUCGUUCGCGAUAGAUUGAUUUUCAAUCUACCUGAUAAAUAAAUCAAAUUGUUGUUACGAUUCUAAGUGAUUAAAAAGUAAUGUCCGUUUAUAAGUAGCAGCAAUUAUCAAAAUCAAUUGAAGCAUGUAAAUUAAAGAGGGAAUGAAUGAUAUUGAAUAUAGAGCUCAUGUUUUUCAGAGAAAAAAUAUUUAACGUACGAUAUAUACGCCCGUGCAUGAAAAUUUUAUCACGUCUGACGUUUUACGUUUUUCGCUUAAAUAUUCAAAUGGUUGGCUAUUUAAAAAUAUAUACGGUAAUUUGUGUAUCAAAACAAAACGUUUUUUCGAAAAAAAUUGUGUCAAUUUUAUUGAUAAUUUAUACAUGAACAACAAAAAAAAAUUAAAAUACGUUCGAUCGCACGUUGUUUGUACGCGCAAUAUCGUACCCAUUUUAUUAAUGCAAAUACGAGCGAAACAUUAAUAUAUAGCUGCGGGAGAGCCAAAACUCUUGCGAAAUGUAAAUAAAGUGUACAGAUAACGAAAUUUAUCCGUAGAUGGUAUAUAAAAUAUGUAUUUAUUUUUGUGUUGAAACAACAUGUUAGGAGAGUAUAAAUCAAAAAAACGAGUCGCUUAGGAAAGUAAAUAAAACGAAAAAAUAUUAAAUAUAGAACUACCAAUUUUUAU